CUUCCUCAUGAGGCGGGAACUCACAACUUGUUGUACCCGCUCUUUUGAUAAUGAGGGUUUCCAAGAAGGGCGAGAGCUCAGGACUUUUGUUUCCUUUUCUUCUCACCUUCUCUUGUUUUGGUUCUCUUUCUUCCCUCGACAUCUCGAGUUUUCGUUUCCUCUCUCGACACCUUCAGCUCUUUCUCGUAGCUCAACCCUCAAUAUUCGCUACACCAGCAGCAACUCGACGAGCUCGUCUCUUACCCAUCACGACUAGAAUUUCGACAUCAUCAGCAUCAUCACCAUGUCCCGGUUCAACGCUCCUAUCUCGUCCAAGGGUGGCCGAAAGGAUGGCGACGAUGACGUGUUCUGGCAAGAUCCCCACGACAACUGGGAACAGACUCAACUCCCCGGGAUUGCCUGCGACUGUUGCCAAAAGCUUACUGGCGCCCAGACCGUCCAUCAGAUGUGCAACGAUUGCUACAUCACCGUCUGCCGCGACUGUAUUGCCAAGGGCGAGAUCUCGAACCUCGACUCUCACGCCCCUCACGAGGUUGGCGAUUUCGACUGGGUGAAGCACUUGAACCAGCCCGGCUCGGGCGCUCGUGGCCAGCCGUCCAUGGCCAUCGUCGCCCCGGGCCGUCAGGCCAACACUCCUUCUGCCUCGGCGACCAAGGGCAAGUCUUCUGCUUCGAAGAGCUCUUCGAAGAAGGGCGGCAAGGCUUUUGGAAAGGACUCCGCAAGCCGAAUGACCCAGACCACCCUCACCUCCAACCAGAAUUCGUCCCUUGCUCUAUAUACACCCACAAAGGUCAAGAAUCCCUCCGCCACUCAGCUUCGCCCUUCGCAGGCCAAGCAUUCGAAGAAGAAUAAGGCAAGCAAGAAGAAGAAGAAGGGCAAGAAGACGUACUACAAUUCCGACUCCUACUCCGACUUCGACGACGACGAUAUGAGCGCUCCUUCCGACAAGGAGUACGUUCCGCCUGCGGAGGUCGGCGGCAAGGGUUCAACCCCCAGCGCCGCCGUCGCCACCGCGGGCAGGGGCGUCGCUCCUGUCGGACUGGCGCAGUCCCGUCCCGUCCGCGCCGCUGCCAUCAACACGUACGAGAAGAUGCGCAGCGGCAGCGUGAAGAAGGAGGAGCCCGAUGCUCAGGACGAGGUGAAGAUGUCCGAAAUCCCCGAGGCCAAGAAGUCCCAAGCCUCCAAGGGAAAGACCUCUCGCCUUGCCUACGGCGACUCGGCUGUCGAGCAGGCCAACAUCCCGGCCCAGGACCAUAGCUACGCCCAGCAGGGACAAGUUCAAGGCGGAGGCGCGUACCUCCAUGCUCCUCAGUACGGCGAGGGCUACCGUCACCGCGGUCUGCCGCAGCUUCACCCUGGUGUCGCUCACAAGGCCAAUGCCUCUCCCUCUCCCUCUUCCGCCCAUCAGACUCAAGCCGUCCAUAGUCAUGCCUUCGCCAGCCCUGCGAUCGAGAACAAGCGUGCGGCGACUGCUGCUGAGAAGGCCCCGGCCGCGAAGCGUCAGAACACGAGAAAGAUGGACUCUCUCACUGCCGGAAUGAGCUCCAUGUCUGCUGGCACCAUCGAUACUCCCAACAAGAUCGCGACUCCUCAGAAGGCUAAGGCUACUCAGAAGGGCAAAGCUUCUGAGAGUGUCCAGGCCUCUCAGGAAGUUCAGGCUUCCCAGGCUCAGUCUUCGAACCAGACUCAGUCCUCUACCCAGGUUCAGGCUCAGCAGCAGAUGCAGAUUGGGAACCCGUUCCCAACUCAGUCACAGAUCCAGGUUCUGCAGCAGCAGCACGUCUUCUCACCCCAGCGCAUUGCCCCGAACGUCACCCCCGAAGAGCGUGAAGCCAGCCGCCGCCUCGUCACCGCCAGCAUGGUCGAUAUCAUGGAUGCGAUUCAACACAAGGUCAAGCUCCACGUCCGAAAUGGCGGUGUCUCCGCAGCCCAGCAGUAUGACAGCAUCCUUCGCGAGGUCGUCCACGGUGCUUGGGUGGCCAACAUCGUCUUGACGCUGAUGAAGCGCAGAAACGGAGAGCUGGCCGCAUUUCAGCUCCUUCGCGGCUAUACCAACACCAUCAUAGUCAAUAUGAACUUGGGGCAAUGUCCCCUGACGAGAAACUGGAUGGACGCAACUGAUAAAGACAUCCAAUCCACCGCUGCGUUCGUUCCCGACAUUGUCCAGAUCAAUGAAGUUCAGUCUGCCGUUCAGCCUAGCCUCACCUUCCCCAUCAAUGGCGAGGAUGUGGUGGGUGCCAACACUCUGAUGUUCAUGUCGGCUGGCGGCCACGGCAACUAAUACGCACACGACCUACACCACCUGGCACUGAGGAUUCUCGCUCUUACUAGUAUUACGACAUCGAAAGGCUGCAUUUCCUUCGAAUAGCAACUUUUGUACACUGGCUUGGGGUUUAGUAUCGGCAUUGGGUUUCCGCGUCGUUUGGUUUUGGUUUGAGCAUUGCGUUUUGGUCUUGGUUUCACGUCCCUUUCUUAUAAUCCUUUCUUAAUCGUCAUGGAUUUGGAUUCUUCAGCAUCGGUUGGCUGAGGAUUACUCUGGGUUGGUUUGGGACUGGCUUUGGGUUUGCGAGAUACCCCCAUCUCUCUUAUUGCAUUUGGUCAGACUGGCGUUGGAAGAGGCAGAGGUUCAGGACAGACCAGGGUUUGGGAUGGCUUUUCUCCUUCGGCUCAGAUACCCCCUUUCUUUCUCAUUUUUCUACCUAGGAGGGCUCAUGGCGUUGACUAAGCCAGAUAAUCAGGCUUCUAGUACCUUAGUAUGCAG